ACCGGGCGCGUCAUCGCCGCCAAACAAUAUCCACACCGAGGCAGCGACACGUGAAGGCAGCAUGUACUGUACAGUAUGCAAGCAUGCAAGCAGGUCACAGGCCACAGUAGUGGCGUUGUUGACGACGCGAAACACCUGCUUGAAUAAAGCAACAUGACUACUGGCACAUGCCACCUCAACCCCAUCCAUCCUCACGACGACACCUCCAUCCUAAUUUUCCACCUCCGGAGAUUCGCAUGUGCUUCGCCAUCUGCCAUGACAAACCCCCUUCUCUCUUCCUUCGCAGCCCCGUCUCGACCUCGCCCUCGCCCUCAUUCAACGAUCCCGACCACUAGGCUGCAACAAAACUGUUGAGCCCCUCUAUGUUCUCGUCACCCUUGUCGCAUACUUCGAAUACAAGGGCAUCGGAGUUGGCAGGUCGUUUGGAAAGUCAGAGGAUCUGCCCCAAGCAACCGCCAUGAUCGGAACUUCGAAACUCGAGUAUUACUUUAUUAUAUCCUGCAUCGUGGGCUUGCACUAUCUUGCGCCCAUAUGCCUACUCUAUUGCGUCUUCGUCAUAAGCCUCUAUGGCUUCAAGGCUGCAACCUAUAGAUUCCCUCUGCUCAUCGAAUCAGUAGCCGUUGCCGAAUCUCUUUUCUAUCUCCUAGUUUUUCUCCCCUACCGUUUCCAUCUUCAGAAGGAAGCUGUCCACCCACCGGCGCCGACUCGGGAAGAACGACAGGAGCUCUUCCAGUUAUGCAACGCGAAUAUUAGGGAUCCAGAGGCAUAUCUGCGGAAGUGGUUCUUGGGGGCUGAUCUGCAGGAUAUCAAGCGCGAGAAUGUGAAAGAUUUCUUCCUCUGGGCAUUUUUCAACCGUGGCGGACCGCCCGGCGACGACGAUGAGGAGCUGGAGGAGUAUGUCGGGGCGACUGAAAAAUUGCUGGGAAGGCCGAUUGAGGCUGGCAGAGGAAGUGCACAGUGCUUACGGUUGACUCUUGACAAAGUUGGCAUGUUGCACCGUAGCUUGACCUGGUAUUGCUGCGUUGGGUUUGUCGACUUCCUGACUUACAUGAAGUUACUAUCCCAUGGCUUUCACUUUCAUCGCCUGCGCCUUGCUCGAUUCUUCACCCUCUUCCCUUUCCGUCCCCAGACCCUCCUGACAAAACAUCGGUCUCCUGCAAAGCACACAACAUACUGGCACCGGCCUCAUACAUCAACAACAAAGCUUCCUGUUGUUUUUAUUCACGGAAUUGGCAUUGGUCUAUAUCCCUACACGAACUUCCUCAGCGAGCUCAACUCGACGUCCGGUAUCGAAUCCGAUGAUCCUAAUGACCAAGUUGGGAUUAUUGCUAUUGAGUUGAUGCCUGUGUCUUUCAGAAUCACGCAUUCUGCAUUGGGACGGACGGAGUUGUGUUAUGAGAUCGACCAAAUUCUUAACAAGGAGUUUGCACCUGACCAGAAGUUCGUCCUAGCCUCUCAUUCCUAUGGAACAGUAAUCACGACCCACCUUCUCAAGACGCCAUCUAUUGCGGAACGCAUAGGAUCUAUUGUCCUGAUCGACCCAGUUUCUAUCCUACUGCACUUACCAGAUGUAGCGUUCAACUUCACACGGAGGAAGCCUAUACACGCCAAUGAGCACCAGCUGUACUACUUUGCCAGUAUGGACAUGAGUGUCAGUCACACGCUGAGCAGACACUUUUUCUGGAACGAGAACGUCCUGUGGAAGAAAGAUCUGGGAGGGAGGAGAGUAACCGUGAGUUUGAGCGGUAGAGAUUUAAUUGUUGAUACAGAAGCCGUUGGACGAUACCUGAGCACUGGAGCUGGAUCGGAACUUCCGAGUGGUACAGCAAGCGGAGACGACGCGGACACUCUGAUCGAAAUUGAAGAAUACAGUGACACGGAAAGAAAUAGAAUGAGUCUUCGUGGUGGCGAAGGUGGUGCGGAUGGGGACGAGGAAUUCGAUAUCGAUGACGAGGAGUGGAAAUUCCGGCCAUGGAGAGGCGCCGGGAUUGAUAUUCUCUGGUUUAGGGAAUUGGACCAUGCGCAGGUAUUUGACAAGGCUUCCACCAGGAGACGGCUCAUCGGUGCGAUUCGAGCAUACUGCGAGCACGAAUGAAUGUUUGCUUAGAGGGAAAAGGGGGGUCCGGGCCGGGCCGGGCUAGAAGAAUUGAAUGCUCGUUUAGCGCAACAGAGCACCAAGGUUGAGAAACUGGGAAAUUGUUUCUUUUGAGCGUGCGAAUUCUUUUAUAGACCAAGAGUUCGGGACUAGUGAACCAGAUUCUAAAGAGGGAAGCAUACCAUCCCACACAAAGUUAGACAUGACCGUACAAGUAGAGAUACCACAAUUAUUUUUUUCCUGAGAUCCUUCCUGAAGCCCACUUUCCAGCGAUGUUUGCAGAUACCUUCUUCUCUUUCUAUUAGAUUGUAACAAAAUGUCUCCCUUACAGAACCUCACGCCCCCACACUCAAUAACUCACGAACCUG